CGAAAUUUCAAUUUUUCUUUGCCCUGCUGUGAGUGCGACGACGCUUUUACUGGCAAAAUAAAACGGUUAUUCGCAUGCAGGAAGCAAAAGUUUCGUUUUCACAGUUAAAAUACGUGUUUUUGUUGCGAAAAUAGUGCUUGUUUAUUGCUUUUCUGAAGGAUAUUUCAGGAUUGACCUGCGAACAACGUUCGUUCAAUGAUGGAGUCGAAGAUACCCAAACCAAGUUUUAUCAAGAAACCAACAGGAAUGGCCAGUCUGCCGGGUAACGCCCGGCUACCGUUGGCCGAUAUGUUGAAUGUUCCGGCUGAUUUGGAUUUCCACGGGAAACGGUUCGCUUCGCCCGAGAUGGUGAAUGCCGCCGUGCUGGGCCGAACGAAAUUGCGUCGCAGUCGCUCGGCAACGGACCUCAGCAGGCCGAAUUUUCAUCGACCGAAAUUUGUGCCAAAUUUGGAUACGAUUUCUUCGGCGAAAAGUCAUCAAAAUUCGACCGGUGUCUCGCAGAUGCAGCAUAAAUCGACGAACCUACGCCGAAGUGUGUCCACCAGUGACAUCGUCAUGAAGAUUCCCCCCACUGCCAGUUCGGCGUCGGAUGCAAACGGCGCUCAGCAACUGAAGCGGCAGCUGUCAUCGAUGACGGUAGGAUUGCCCCCGAAGGCAACCAAAACGGUCGGAACGGCAAGUGCUACGGGAAAGGUUUUUGCCACAAAAUCAGUUACUUCCACAGUUGCUCCCGUGCGAAAACCAGCGACCGGGGUAUUUAAGGCGAAAGUGGUUCCCUCGAAGGCGGGUUCGGUCAAUUCCAGUACUUCCAGUGAAAAGUCCACUUCCAGCGGUGGAGCAGCUAAAAAGGUCAUCAGCAAGCGGAUUCCACCGUACGACUACAAAGCACGGUUCAACGACCUGCUGGAAAAGCACCAGGUACUCAAAGAUAAGCUGGAGAGCCUUCGGCAGGUAAACUCUGAUCUAGAAUCGCUGCCACAAAAAUAUGACGAUUGUCUCAAAGAACUAAGCAAAUUGAAACAAGAUCACGAGAAACUCAACGCGGAACAUGCCUCGGUCGUCGGUGAAAAUUCCAGCCUCAAGCUGAAGAACGUUUCGCUUUCCACCAGUUUGAACGAAACGGAACAAGAGUUGCGCUUGCUGAAGGACCAAUACAAUACCGCAGAUACCGAACGGCGGCAACUUCGAGAGUUGGUAAGAACCCUGCAGGAGAAAUCGUCCGCUUUGGAACAGCAGAAUGAAGCCCUGCGGGAAGAUAACGACAAGAAAGCCGAGAUUCUGUUCCGAGCCAACAUCGAGCGAAAGGAUUUACAUAACACGAUCAUGGAUUUGCGCGGGAAUAUUCGAGUCUUCUGCCGAGUACGACCUCCGUUGGGUUCCGAAGCGGAUCGACUGGAAAGUGCCUGGAAGUAUCUGGACGAGCAAUCGUUGGAGAUUGGGGCCACCGAUGGAAGCGGCAAGCGAAUGGAGUUCAGCUUCGAUCACGUGUUCCACUCGCGGACCACGCAGGAGGACAUUUUUGAAAACGUGGCCCCACUCAUUCAGUCCGCGUUGGAUGGGUACAAUGUUUGUAUCUUUGCCUAUGGGCAAACCGGCAGCGGUAAAACCUACACCAUGGACGGUGUGACCGAUCACCUGGGUGUCAUCCCACGGACGGUGGAUUUAAUUUUCAACGCAGUCGAGGACUACAAACGGCUCGGAUGGGAGUAUGAGAUUCGCGUGAACUUUUUGGAAAUCUACAAUGAAAUUCUUUACGAUUUACUGGAUUCAUCCGGAACCACCAAGGAACUUGAAAUUCGCAUGGCUAACGCAAAGAACAAAACCGAUGUUUAUGUAUCGAACAUUAUCGAAGAAGCCGUAAAAACCAAGAAUCAUUUACGCCAGCUAAUGGCAAUCGCAAAAUCUAAUCGAGCCACAGCCUGUACCGCUGGAAACGAACGGUCCUCGCGGUCGCACGCAGUUACAAAAAUCCAGCUGAUCGGUACCCAUCGCGAGAAGACUGAGCUCAGCAUUGGUUCCAUCAAUUUGGUCGAUUUGGCAGGGUCGGAAAGCCCGAAGACGAGCACCCGAAUGGAUGAAACGAAGAACAUCAACCGAUCACUCAGCGAGCUCAGCAACGUCAUCUUGGCACUGGUGCAGAAGAACGAACACAUCCCUUACAGAAAUUCCAAACUGACGCACCUGCUCAUGCCCAGCUUGGGUGGCAAUUCAAAAACGCUGAUGUUCGUCAAUGUUUCGCCCUUCCAGGACUGCUUCAACGAAACCGUGAAAUCGCUAAGGUUCGCUUCACAGGUGAAUGCGUGCAAGAUGCAAAAGGUCAGAAAGAACAAAAUUCUAAACAAUUCUAGUAUGUUUUGAGCAUUGCUUCUUGUUCGUUUACUAUAAAGACAAUUUAUCUAUUCGAGUUAUAAGUUUUAUGUAUCUUUCUUAUUUUAUUAUUAACACUAAUUUAACAUAUGCCUCCACCAAAAUCUACAGACUAUAACUAAAAUUGUUCAAUAAAUGUGUAUUUCAUACUAAUGACGUA